AUGUCCUGCUGGGACAAGAUGAUGCGCUGGCAGACGCUGGGCGUACAGGGCGCCCUGCUGGCUCGCACCAUCCAGCCCGUACGCUUCACCUCCAUCGUCACGGCAACCAGCGUCACCCGCGACCCGUCCACCGUAUCACUGGAGCGGCGCCUGGCCCAGCUUCAGGUUCCGUCGCCGUACUCUCCCGUCGUCCCACAAUGCGUAUUGCACAUCAGCCAGACGGCGCAGCGAAACAUCUCGCGCAACUGCUCGCUCUCGUUCAACUGGUUUCCCGGUAACCCCGUCGGCACGGAUACCGAGUGCAUUGACCUGGAGACCCGGCGGACGCUGGAUGGGGUUCCGAGCCUGCGCCUCAGCCGACAGGCGUUCUUCAUGCUGCACUGCCGUCUGCACUAUGAGCUUGCGCGCUGUGAUCUUGUGGGCAGUAGUAGCCCUGCGUCCGACUUGACGUACGGUGAGGCUAAGAAACAGGACGAGGGCUACUGCACGGCGCGGCGUCAGUUCCUGGCAUGCGCUGAGCGUCGUCUUGGCAGCUAUUGGACUCACACGUGGACGUGA